GUGGAGCAUUUCGACCCCCGUUGAGGCCACAUUUGUGUGGGAGGCCUGAGGUUGCGUGAGGCAUGGGAGGCCUGAGUCGCGUGAGGCAUCGAGGUGGGUCGGACCCCAGCUGAGGCGGUAUUUGGGGGUCCACCCGUUGAGGUGGAGUUUGGGGUACAGGCGUGAAAUGGAUCGUAAGACAACAUCGGCCGUAUGACGUCACGUUGGCGACGUCACGGACACGUUUCGACAAGACCGGACAAGUUGAAACAUGAAAAAUAUGUGUUGGUUGCUGAUUGGUUGACCGGUAAGCGGUGAUGAUGCAAUGUGGAUACAAUACGCGUUACUGGAGUGUAUAAAAACUGGAGCUGUUGGGAUUGGGAAUCAUUUGCUAACCAACGUCCGAAGACAUCAGAAUUUCUGACUGGUAUUGUCAAAACGAACUACAAAAAUGGCUGCAACAAUGGGACACAUCGCACCACCAUCACCGCCAACGAGUGAAAUGGCUACCGGAUCGCCUGACGGUGUAAAGAAGUUAUCUCACGCUCAAGUUAAAAGAGGAUGGCGCGAAGGUUUCAGCACGAAUGAGAAGAGAGCGUACUACUAUAACAUUAUUACCCGAGAAAGUGUGUGGUCUAUACCGACCAUCCUGCCGUCGAUAGAGGAGGAGAGCCAAGCGGACUCCGGACCUGCACCAGAUAUGUUGGCGGCCGCCAUGGCGGAGUUGUCCGGGAACCUACCCAUGGAUCUCUCCCGGCCCCGUUCGUCAAGGGAAAACGCGAGAAGAGGAAGUUCACCCCAGACCCGGACCACGAGGAAAACGAGAGGAACGCCGUCAGAUUUCAUAUUGGAGACCCCACAAACAACGACAUUGUUGGACGACGAGACAGAGCGAGAACACUCACCAAGCGGAUCUUGACUAAGUUCAUCAUGGACGAUGUGCUCAAGCUUGUCUACCACGCACAAGGCCAGCUGGGUUGCGAGGGAUGUGAGAAAGACUGGCCCAGUCAAUGGGACCACGCAUGCCUGUUUUUUGGAGUGAAUCCUGAAAAUCGCAUAGAUGAUUUUGUGCCCCUGCACAUCGAGGAAGUAAUGGCAUCGUUAAACGUCAGUAGAGUGCGCCCGGUGUUUCAUGCAGUCGUUAGUCUUUUGGGAGGCGGUUCAGUCAUUGGAGCGGGGAUGGACUUGGACACCGAUUUGAGUUCCAUGAUUGAAGACAUUUUAAAUGAAUGGAAAGACGACUUAGAAGAAAUUGGAUUUUCAUUUUAUUCGUCCUUGUUCGAUAACACUACUGAACUCAUUCAAAACGUAGUGGAGAAUAUCGAGUAAAUAGUCAUUGACCAGUGAUAUCAUGCACUUAGUUAUAGUUUUUU